CUUUGGGUUUUAUACUUGCAGAGUCAACUGUUCGUUUUAUUUCAAAAUCGGAGCUUGCCGUCAUGGAGACAGAUGUUCUCGGUUGCACAACAAACCAACAUUUAGCCAGGAAGCGAUGCUGUUGUAAGCUUGCCUGUAGUAGAGACCAACCAGUGCUAACUUUCAGACCAUCUUGAUUCAAAACAUCUAUCGUAACCCCCAAAACAGUGCACAGACGGCUGACGGCUCACACUACCAUUGCCCUCUUGAACAUUUACCGUAACCCUCAAAACUCUUCCCAGUCUGCUGACGGUUUGCGCUGUGCUGUGAGCGAUGUUGAGAUGCAGGAGCAUUAUGAUGAAUUCUUUGAGGAGGUCUUCACAGAAAUGGAAGAAAAAUACGGUGAAGUUGAGGAGAUGAAUGUUUGUGAUAACCUUGGAGAUCAUCUAGUUGGAAAUGUAUACGUAAAGUUUCGCCGUGAAGAAGAUGCAGAAAAGGCUGUGAUUGACCUGAACAAUCGCUGGUUUAAUGGACAGCCUAUUCAUGCUGAGCUUUCACCUGUGACCGAUUUCAGAGAGGCCUGUUGCCGUCAAUACGAAAUGGGAGAGUGUACACGAGGAGGUUUCUGCAACUUCAUGCAUUUGAAGCCCAUUUCUCGAGAGUUAAGACGUGAGUUGUACGGGCGUCGUCGUAAAAAGCAUAGAUCCAGGUCGAGGUCCCGUGAACGUCGGUCUAGAUCCAGAGAUCGUGGUCGUGGAGGUGGUGGUGGAGGAGGAGGAGGACGUGAACGUGAUAGGAGGCGAUCAAGAGAUCGUGAAAGAUCCGGUCGAUUCUGAGCCAUGCCAUUUUUACUGUAUGUCUGCUAGAAAGUGUUGUAGUUUGACCAAACAAGUUCAUAAUGAGAUUUUUUUUAAAGAUGGGCUUCUGAAUAAAAAUUUGUAGUGAUACAGUAUUCUUUGUGUAACUUGUUUCCUGUCGGGGGGGGGGGGGACUCUUUUUAACUGUCAUUCCUCUAUCUUGACAAAUACCUGGAUUAAUACUAUGCCUGAGGGAAAGGUGGUAAAUGUAUUGGAGGAGGGCCAGUUUGGGGUUUUUUUAUUUUUAUUUUUUAUUUGGACAUGAUUUGAACUGUUGAUGAAAAUGUGUGUGUAUAUAAUAUGAAAUAUUAUAUACAUAGUAAAAAAAUAAUAUACUGCUUAAGAAACAGUUACUCAAAUAAGUUUCCCUUUUCUGCUAUGCUGUCUGCUUAUUUAGGUUAGUUUAGGCACAUUUAAAAGGAAGGCUGUGCGAAGUGCAUUUAUUUACCAAGUAGAAACGCUUAGUUACAAAAUGUAUGUUUGUUUGUUACCAGAAGUCUGUGCUCUGUCUAUCAAUGUGACUGUGGCAUUUACAAUAAAUUCCAGUUUCUUGGUGUAAAAUCUAAAGCCUUUUUUCUAAGCACUCCGGAGUAGUUGUGUUGCUACUCCUGGCAGUGCCAGAGUUCAUAGCUGAGGGGUUUUUUUAUUCUUGACUGAUUUCCUCAUCUUUGCUAGAAAUGAAGUUACCUAUUGCAGUGUGUGGGAGGGGUGGGAAACAGUAUUUUUGUCUCAGUAGCAAUGAGUUUCUUUUUUAAAAACUCAUGCUCCAUACAACAGGAAACACAGGAUCUAUUGACAGAAACUAAAGGUCCUAAAUAGAAGGCCCACAUUUCUUAACAGACUGAAUUUUUUUCACUGUGUUCUCCUAGCUGUUGCUUAAUGAAGGGUGUUUCCCUAGCGUUCGAGAUGACAGAGGACUAAUUGGAUACUGAGGAAAAUAUAUUUUUUUCCAGUUUUACUUACUUUUGGAGAGAUGUAAAGUAUGAUGGAGGCUGACAAACAGAUGGCAGUUUCUUCACAAGACUUUUUCUGUCUUGGCCCAGUUGAAUCGCACAACAGCUAUGUAUCCUAGGUUGUGCAUCCCUUAAGGAGUUUAAUUGAAAUGUUGCUUGAGAGACUGUGCAGUGUACUUGCAAUUUCAAUUUUAUUCAGCUUGUGAGGUAGCAUGAAGUUUUGGUCAGUGGUCAUAUUUAUGUCUGUAAAACUACCUAGUACAAUAAUAAUAGCUUUCUGAUGUGACAGAGCAUUUACCAGCUCUUUAAUUCUUAAGAGUAUGGUAACUUGCUAAGUGAUAGAUCUGCUCCUUAAUCAUUUAAAGUAAAUAAAAGGAUAAUAAAGGAUAUGGAAGUGUUGCAUAGACAGAUUAACAAACCAAAAUACAAAAUCACUUUGCUCGCUGUAACUUGGAGAUGGCGAAGAAAAAUAUAUUAAAAAGUGUGCAUUUCUAAAUGAAUGUUAAGUUGUCUUUUAGAACGACAUUCUUGUACCAACUUAAAUUGAAUUUAUUACAUUUCUUCUGAGUGGUUUGA